GAGGUGACAGGCUGCUGACAUGACAACAGGUGAACGAGAGUUCAAUGUCAGAAAGGCAGAGAGAGCUCAGGACGUCACAGCGGGAUUAGAGACGGGACGACAGGACGGUGACACCAAGUGAUUAGGAAGCCAAGGUUACCAUCAUGUUUGCUUUUCCUUCCGCUGCUUCUGGUGUCCAGAGUGGAUAUACACUGAGAAAAAAAUACCUAAUGUACAGAGAAAAUCCAGACAAUCCCUUUGCAAUUGGAAGAGGAUGGGACGUCCCACGUUGCUUUUGUUUUCUGUGAGAGGAAAACUUCAAUCACUUCAACACUCUGUCUUCAUUGGUCCGUGCAGUGUUUCAUGAAUCGUCUCUGAUUGGUCCUUUACGCCAUUGUGAAGAUUUUUAGCCAAUCAGCUUCUGCCUGGCAGCGUCUCCUCUGCAGCAGAUUUCUACUUCAGCUGGGACAGAGAGCAAAACAAGACGGAGAGAGAGGGGAGCUUGAGGUUCACCACAGCUGAAUCAAGGAUUCUGCACAAGUGAUUUCAACAUGGAGGUGCCCAGAAGGCUUCAGCCUUCCUCAUUCACACUGCCUCUCCCUAAACCGGCCUCAUCAGGUCUAUCUCCUCUUGGAGCUGUAGAGAAGGUCGCCAAGAAAGAGAAGCUCCAGGAAAAAGAAGAAACCACGGAUCAAUUUGGAGAAGAGACUUUCAGCACAGAGGAGGAGUCAUAUGUGUCUGUGUUUGUAGAGGCACCAGCUGAGGACUUAGAACUUGCGGAUACAAACACUUCCACCAUGGAAACAAAAGUAAAACUGUCAUCACAGGACAGUUUCUCAGAGGAGAGCUCAACAUCAGAAGAGCGGUUGGCAGAGGAGGCAGAAGAGGCCAAAAAGAAGCAUGAGGAGGAGGAAGCUGCAGCUAAAGAAAGGGCAGCACAGAGACAGAUGCUGGCCAUCGAGGAGAUGGUCCAGUCUGAGAGGAAUUACCUUCGAAUGCUGCAAAUUAGCACCGUGACCAUCAGGAGUAACCUGAAGACACUACAGCCUCCCCCAGCCAACCUGGACAGCAUGUUUCUCUACAUAGAGGAAGUGAUUGACGUGUCCAGUCGACUCCUCAGCCUGCUGGACCAGAAGCGAGUUCAGCCUGGAGACCCUAACUUCUUGGAAACGCUCUGUGAUUCGUUCCUCAGCCUGUCUUCAGACAUUGAGGCAGCCUAUAAGGAAUACCUGGCCAACUACUCCCAAGUUACAGUGGUGGAGAACAACUACAAGCAGAAGGAGACGCUCUGGAACGACAUUGUCAGAGUCAUCAAAACCUCAGCGCCUGAAGUAAACGCCACCUCUCUGAGUUUCUUCUUGGUGAUGCCGGUGCAGCGGAUCGCCCGUUACCCCCUCCUCCUGCAGACCAUCCAGAAACACACUGAUACAACUCACCCAGCGUAUGCACUUCUGGAGCAGACGGCUCACACUUCCAUCGCCUUGAACUGUCGCAUCAAUGAGUACAAACGCUUCAGAGAAGUUGCUGACAAAUACAAGAAGACAGAAACUCUGAGCAUCAAGGAUAAGAUCAACCGCCUCAACACCCACAGCAUCGCAAAGAAGACAGCAAGGCUCAGCCAGCAAAUCAAACAUGAGACUGGAAUAGCACCUAAGUUGGUGGAUGAAGAGUUUGACGCCCUGGAAGGUUUCUUUUAUGUUUUGGAGCAUGGGAUUCUGCAGCUCCUUGAGAACGUGGAGACAUACCUGCACCACUUACAGGGGUUCUUGGCCUGCAAAACUGAGGAGUUUGACUUGGAUAUGGACGGAGAGAAAGCUCCUAUUUGCUACAAGGAGAUCACUACUGCUCUCAGACAGUGGAUUCUUCCUACAUUUGAGAAGAGGAUGAGGACGUUAAUCCACAAGCCACUGUGUGCCCUCCGUGACCUCCUGGCGGGCCCGAGGAACCUGAUCAGGAAAAGGCUGGACAAACUGCUCGACUAUGAAUUGAUAGAAGCCAAAUCCACUCUGAGCUACGAGGAACAGGCUGUGGCAAACACGUACAGGACAAUGAACACGUUGCUCCUCAAUGAGCUUCCUCAGUUUAAUGGUCUGGCUCUGCAGAUGAUCUGGAGCAUGUUGGGGACGUUCAGCUGCCUACAUAAAGACCUCGCCUCAGACAUGGAGCAGCUGUUCCAGAGCUUUGCACAACAGCUCCCUCACAGCUCUCUCAACCCCCGUACCUUCUGGGAGUGGGCGGAGACUGAAGUCCUGGAAGGUGCGAGGAGGCUGGAGACUUUGUGUCGAAGUGUGGAGGACACACUCAAUGCUCCCUUCGUCCAGCCUCUGAGUCCGUCCUCUCAGCGCCGUUUGAAGCAGCUAAUGGAUAAGCACGGUUCUGGAAAGAUCUACCAGGUGAUGGGGACGGUGGUUGGUAGCCGGGACCUGGACCUAAACCUGGCCAGAGGCGAGCUGGUGGCCAUUAUCAGUGAGGCAGACAGCCGCGGAGACAAGAGAAGAUGGCUGGUUGAUGCAGGAGGCAGACGAGGGUACGCUCCUUCCUCUAAGCUGAUUCGUUAUCACCAGCCAACAGAGGACCCGCCCCCUUCGCCACACCUGACCCUGCCUGCUGGUGUGACGGAAAUCAGAAGACACUCCUACACCCCAGAGGUCCGGCCCCUGACAGUCAUGAGCCAGCCGUGCUUCCAGGUGUUAGCGGCAUAUGACUUCACAGCGAGAGGAAACCAUGAAGUUUCUGUUCGGGCCGGCGAGCCAGUUCGUGUCCUGGAAGCGCACGACAAACGAGGGAACCCCGAGUGGAGUCUGGUAGAGGCAAGAGGUGGGAAGAGAGGCUACGUGCCCUCCAACUACCUCACAAUCACGCCUAUGGGGACAGGGCCGCCUGGCACGCACCAGCCCUACUGCUAGGAGGGAAGGAGAGGAAAAACCGUAGCAUGUACAGCAUGACAGGAUUUACGAAAACUGUCUUUAGAAGGCUUACAACAGUAUUUUUCUAAUGAAGGUGCACCUGCUUCUCAAACUAUAGCAUUAUUCUACAUAAUGACCAUCAGUUAUUUUUAUUUUCAAUGUCAGAAUCAGUGUUUUUAAAGAGACAAAUACAAUAGUUUAAUGCUCACAGUGUUAGAGUGUAAAAAAAGCCAAAAACUACUUUUUUUCAAUUUUACAUAUGGACUUUUUUCCAUUUGUCUUUGUGACUUACAUUUAAAAGAACCCUUUUACCUCUACACCUUAAAUAUAUCUUAUCAAAAGUUCUCUCCAAAAUGGAGAUGAUGCAGUCCAUUUUGGGCAAAUACAUCUGAGCUUUAAAAACACUAAUAUCUGACUUUAAUGUCAUCCAAACUCUGGCUAGACAUCAAAAAUUGCUUUGACGGUGCAACAGUGUGAAAAUGCCAGAAAGCCACUUGGCAGAAAAAGCGUGAAGCUGCCGACCCAGUCAGCUAGAACGUGUGCGACAGAAGGCUUUUACACAUUUGUAAUGUUGUUUUGAUGUUUUAAUGUGGAAGGUAAACCUGUAAAACUACCUAAAAAUAAGCAAGUGGGUGAGGAUAACCUUCGGUAUAUCAACAGUGUUAUAAGAUGUAUCUGCUUUACUGUGGACAAGACCCCACAGAACGCUUUAUCUCACUAGUGCUGAUAUAUGUGACACACUGGAAAAAAUGAAGGAACUGGUGCUGGUAGUUAUAUUGUGUCUUGCUCAUGAGCACUUUGGCAGGACAGAUGCUUGCUAAAAUUGAAUAUAACUGCAUUUAAAGACUGACGGACAAUCUUCAAGUUGCACUGCAAAUCUUUUCAUGGUCAUUUUUACAAAGCACCAGAGAAGAUGGAGAAAAUAGUUUUGAAGGUGCAUUGGCUGUCGGCAGCAGGACAAAAGGACACUUGAAUUGAAUGAUGGACCGCAUGUUCUCAUUAGAGCGUCCGUGUGUUAGCAAGCUAACUGCAACACAGAGAGCAAACUGUGUGUGUGUGCAUCUGUUUGAUAUGGAAUUAGGAUGACAGGUGAGUGUGUGCAUGUGUGAAUGUGUGUGUGUUGAGUCUCCUCCUCCUCACCUGGAGGCAGGAGCUCUACUGUAUCGAGACUGACAGGUACACAGCGCUCUCAUCAUCUCAGACUAUGUAAUGUGAUGUAAAUGUAAAAUGCCUCCAGGGCCAAGUAGGAGAGCGAUGGAAAGAUGGAGAGAGAGAGAGAGAGAGAGGAUGAGGUGUAUAAAAGUAGUAAAGACACAGGAAGGAAUUCAUCCAGGGAGAAGAAGUGAAAGAGUUGGAGGGAAAAUGGAAAAAAGAUGUGAAGAGGAGUAGCAGUCAGGCAGCCAGGCGACCCGGCACAUAGUUUUCCUGUUAGUCUGAAGGUCUAUUUUGUCUCCUUUUUUCCCCCCACUCUAACCAUAAGCUGAUUUAAAUUCACUCUUCUCUUCCUUCUUUCACUCCUGUAUCUGUAAAGGCAACGUGUGCUUUCAUUCUCCCAGUUCCUAUUACACUAGGAGACUAAAUUGCUCCUUGAAGUUUCUUGCUUAAAAAGGUUUUAAUCAUGGAUAUAAAGAAGUACAGACAGGACUGAAGCGACAGACUUCUGUAAUCAGAGGCACCUGAUGAUGCUUGUUGCUAUGGAUACUGUUCGGUGAAUGCAAGUCGUGUCUCCCUGUGGCAUUUCUUCAAGUUGGAUGGACUGUGAAAACAUUUAGCUACAAAAGAAUUUAAGUUGUUUUUGUCAGUUUAGCAAAUGUUUGCCAAUUCAGUAUCUGAUUGACACAGAGUACACAGAGCUGAAUGACAAGAGAA